ACGAGAGUUUACCGGAAAAAUAAAAACAACUAUUUACUUUAAUCAACGAAACUUAUGGAAGAUGAAGCCCAUGAAUUCUUUCACACAUCUGAUCAUUUUGUCGUUGAUGACCUCUUAGUUGAUUUCUCUAACGAUGAUGACGAAGAAAACGAUGUUGUUGCUGAUUCCACCACAACCACCGCCAUAACCGACAGCUCUACCUUCUCCGCCGCUGAUCUUUCGAAUUUCCACGGUGAUGUUCAAGACGGUACUAGCUUCUCCGGUGACCUUUGUGUACCGUCUGAUGAUUUGGCUGAUGAGUUGGAGUGGCUUUCGAACAUUGUGGAUGAAUCGUUGUCGCCUGAAGAUGUACACAAGCUCGAGCUAAUAUCCGGUUUUAAGACCCGACCCGACCCGAAAUCCGAUACCGGAAGCCCGGAAAACCCGAAUAGUAGCAGUCCGAUUUUCACUACCGACGUUUCUGUGCCGGCCAAAGCUAGAAGCAAACGCUCACGCGCCGCGGUUUGUAAUUGGGCCUCACGUGGGCUUCUCAAGGAAACGGUUUACGACAACCCUUUCACCGGAGAAACCAUUCUCUCAAGCCAACACUUGACUCCACCGACCUCGCCACCUCUAUCGAUGGCUCCGCUCGGGAAAAAGCAAGCCAUCGACGGAGGACACCGGCGGAAGAAGGAUGUUUCUUCACCGGAGUCUGGUGGCGCAGAAGAGAGACGUUGUCUCCACUGCGCCACGGAUAAGACGCCGCAAUGGCGGACAGGCCCAAUGGGCCCAAAGACGUUGUGCAACGCUUGCGGCGUUAGGUACAAAUCGGGACGUCUAGUCCCGGAGUAUCGGCCCGCGGCGAGUCCAACGUUUGUGCUGACGAAGCAUUCAAAUUCUCAUCGGAAAGUUAUGGAGCUCCGGCGACAGAAGGAGAUGAGUAGGGCCCAUCAUGAGUUCAUACAUCACCAUCACGGUACGGACACUUCCAUGAUUUUCGACGUUUCAUCGGACGGUGAUGAUUACUUGAUCCACCAAAACGUUGGCCCAGAUUUCAGACAGCUUAUUUGAUUUGAUCCCUUUUUAUUUACCAAUAAUUUAAUUAGGGAUUA